AUGGUUGAUAUUUAUAACGGUUUCAUGGAUCAGUGCAAAUCAAAUGAAGUUGUAGAUUUACAUGAAUUCCCCUUCUUUCAUUCCUAUGUCGCUGACGUGGAAUCAGGUGAUAUCGCCUCAAAUUCUGAAUCCCAUAUAAGUUUCAAUAUGUUCGGGACGUGUUCUUUAAGAAAUGUUCGGCGUAUUAUACGCCAGAGUCGGCGUCUGAAACCAUUAAGAGUUCACUUACUAAAAUCUGUAUUGGAUUUAUGCAAAGCUGCUGAUUUGGAGCCAUUUGUUUAUGGUGGCACAGCUUUAUCAGUAUUCCGUGAAGACGGAAAAUUCAUAUCACAUGAUACAGAUAUUGACUUGGGUAUUUUAGAAUUUGAUACUGAAGGAAAAGGUUCAUACACUAAACUGAUUCAUUGCUGUUUAAAAAAUGGUAUAAGUGUUUUCGGUGUGGAAAAUAUGGAUGAGUCUUUACUAAUCAGUGUCAAUUCUGAUUUAUAUAUCGACUUUUCAGCCAGUAUCAGCAGACGUUUUUGGCUUAAAGCGCAGCAAAUCAAUAUGCCUGAAACCAUUGAAGAGAUACCGUACAAUGGAUGUGAUUGCAAACGCAUUAAGUUCUUUUUCAGCACUAAUGGCUUACUUAAAGCCUGUGAAUUAUAUCAUUUAAACUCAAAAAUUGUGUAA